AUGCAUCUUUUGGGGAAAGCCACAGGUCCAGAACAACUUUACGAGCAGCGCUCUCUUUGCAUCUAUCCCACCGCUCAUGGAGUCAGUACCAUGAGCUUUUGCUCCCAAUAUGGAAUCGAAGGACCAUGGAUCCGCCUUCUAAAUAUAUGGCCUGGAUACGUCCUGUUCGAUGCCAAAGAACACUCUUGCUGUGUCGAGUGUCGAUCCAAGCCUCACGACCGCUCCAGUCCUUGUCCCCUCUGUACCAGCAGGCUCGACCUCAUGAUCGAACUCGUUGCCUUUAUCAACAAGUCCCACGCCUCAUAUCCCAUUCGCACGAUCGACACAGAAUAUACAACGGAUGUAGAUGGUCUGAUAGAUGAUCUCGGGCAGCAAGAUAGAAAGGAAUGUUCAGGAUGGAAUCCCGGCCACGGUCAGGAAAUCGACGACUCCUCGUUAAUAAAAGAGUCUGUAACCGUCAACAACCCCCGCCCAGAAAACGCACAUGUGAGCCAAAAUCGGUUGGGAAAGCGUAAACUGGCAAUCGACCAGAACAGGGACGAGGAUAAGGAUGGGGGCGCGAGAAAACGACGUCAUUCGGGUGCAAAGAAGCAAUAUCUCGCUUGCCCGUUCUUCAAACAUGACCGAGAGCAACACAGCUCAUGCCGCAACCGGAAAUUCAAGAAAAUCUCCCAGUUAAAAGGACACAUCAUUCGCCGCCACGCAUUUAGAGAUUAUUACUGCCCCAUCUGCUACGAAGAAUUCCCAGACCCGGCCAUUUGGACGAGUCAUUGCAGGAGCGCCAUUUGCCAGCCACGGGCGACACCUCCUCGUGUUUUCGCUGACGAUUUUCGCACACUCUGUCGGGAUAUUGUUUUGUUGAGACAUACUCCGACCCAAAUGUGGUUUGCUAUCUGGGAUAACAUCUUCCCGGGCGUCGAUCGACCUGAGAGCCCUUACAUCUCCUAG